AUGUCCCCCCAAGAAGAAAAGAAACCCUUCCGCAUCCUCGCCCCCGUCUUCCCAGGCUUCAACAUCCUCGACCUGACAGGCCCAGCCGAAGUCUUCGGAAACUCACGUCUCGACCCCUCCACACGUUCGAUUCAAAUCGCCUCCUCCACACCAACGACAACUUCCCACGAGGGGAUCACCGUGAAUCGAGACAUCACCUACGAAGAACUGGAGAAGACGGGGUUGGAAGGAAAUGAUAUGCUCCUAGUCCCGGGCGCGGCGCCGCAGUUCGUGCUCGAGGCGAUCGAGAAGGAUACAGGGCUGAUGGAUGUGGUGAGGGGGUUUGCGGUUUUGGAGGGUGAGGGGAAGUGGUUAUUCUCCGUGUGCACGGGGGCGUUGUUCCUCGGCGCGGCGGGGUUGCUAGCGGGACGGACGGCGACGACGCAUUGGGCGUCGCUGGAUAUGUUGAAGGGGAUUUGUGAGAAGGCGGGAGGGACGGAGGUUGUGAGGAAGAGGUUUGUGGAUGGCGGGAGGAUGGAGGGGGGUGUGAGGGUUGUGAAUGCCGGUGGGGUUAGUUGUGGGAUUGAUGCGGCGCUUUGGAUUGUGAAGGAGAGGAUGGGGGUGGAGGUGGCGACGACGAUUGCGGGGCGGAUGGAUUAUGAGUGGAAGUUUGAAGGGGUGGAGAUGGAGGUUACGGAGGGAUAUGUUGUUUGA